UCUAGUUGCUAAUCAACACUGCGGAGAGAACAGCACUUCGCAGCACUGCCCUAACAAUGUACAAAAUUCCGUCGCAUUUCAAAAAAUGAAAUUAAGAUUUUGGUACAAAAGUCAAACUGCAAUUGUGACAUUCGGAUAUUAGCGUAUAUUGCUGCAAACAGGCGUUAGACGGGGGAAAAUGUCUGGCCACCACCGAAGCACCACACACCAUCGCAAGCACACAGACGAGAGGCGUCUGCUGGCGUCGCGCGUCCCUCCAAAAGCCAGAAAAUACUUGUCCGAACUGGCCGUCGAUCGGGAGCUGGAGCGUUUCAUGGCCUUGUCGUCGACGAAUAGCAGCGGGACCAGUCGCAGCAAUGUGAGCAUGCAUACGGCUCAAUUGUACUGCACUCCCCGAUCAGCGGCAGCGCCAUCAAAGCCUGCCCGCUGCAGUGGCAGGAAUGGAGGAAAAAGGACAUCUGCAGCAGCAGCAGGACAGCAGCCAAACACAGCUGCCACUUCCACUGACGCUACUGUUGCGUCUGUCCCAAAGGAAACACAAAGCGAGGAAGAGAUCAUCAAAGUCAUACCCAUUGUAGCCACUGACUGCAUUGUGGGCUGCGAAAGGACCCGCACCAGUCAAUCCGUGUCCGUGGAGGAUCUGCGAACACCCACCAAGGCAGCGGGUACCCAGGCGCCAGACAGGACGCCCCAGAAAAAGACGAAAAAUACCCAAACGCCCGAGUCGGCCGUGAAGUCCCACAAACGCCUCGAAUGGGAUCCAGCCGCCGAUGUGGGCUACUACAAGCGGGCGGUGUCCACCAGCAACCUAAGCACCCUGGAGCGUUCCAUCCUGGAGGAGUGCUGGCGCCAGCCGCAGCAGCGUUCGGAGACCGAUUUGGAUCGCCUGCAGCUGGAGCAGGGAACGACACCCCUGCCGCUGGCACAGCGCCCGCCGCUUGCCUCCAGUACGUUUGUGAAUCGCAGCGAACGCAAGACCACGCCCAGUCUAGGGAGCAUACGCAGCAGCAGCAAUCAAAGCAACCGCAGCAGCUCCAGGCGGGAAUCCAAGUCGCAGUCCCGAUGCACAUCGCCAAAUGGCGGCAGUUCGGUGGCCAGCAGCUUUGAUUAUCAGUCAUCGUUGCCUUUGGGUCAGGGUCGCUCCCAGAAGCCGCUGGCCAAGGAGGAGGAGCGUCAGUAUACGGCCGCCCAGCUGGAGAAGGUCAUGGCAGAUGCUGCCAGUCGACGGCAGGCGAAGGAGAACAAGGAGAACUGUCAGCCAGCUACCCAGAGAGGCAGCGACUCCUCUUCUUCGUCAAUUACUACUGCUGGAACAGAAGCUAAAUCUGAAGCCGGACCUGGCAGUGGGCCCAAGGGAGAGCUGGACUUGGGCGUAGAUCUCCUCUGCUCGCUGGUGCAGGCCCGCAGUCUCAGCCACAUCCAGAAGAAGCAUUUGAUAAGGGAUAUUGCGAAACGCAUAUCCUGCAUAGAAUUGGGCGAGACCCUGCGCUUCCGCCAGAGUCCAAAAAAAGGAAAAGCAGCUGCUGCCCAAUUUCAGGACAUGGCCACCAACACUACCGCCAGUAAUCCCCGUCCUGUUCCGGCACCAAGGACACUCGUUUUGAUAGCCAACGCCUCGGGCUCCUCUGCAACCAGCAGCUCCAAGGAUAUGGUCACCGCACGGAGCAAUCCACGGACCAGCAAAUCAAGCAGUCAACCCACGGAACAAGAGCAGCAGAGUCCCUCUUCGGAGGCCAGCAUCUCCAAUGAAGUGGAAGCCACAUCUUCUCACAGCAAUGAUGCUGCUCCCGCACCAGAACUCGCACCCGCACCAGAGCCCGCUCCCGCGGAAAUGGAGCUUGUAAGCCAGGAGUGGCUUAAUCCGAUGACGCAAAGCGAGAUCGAGUACGAGGAGCGUUCGCGUUCGUCCAGCAACGAUACGGAAUGGCUCCCUACGAUCAGUUGGAUUGAGUUGGAGAUCAAGCGCCUGCAGACGGCGCAUAAGAUUAUGACUAGCAAUCUAUUCCGCCUGGUAGGCCCAGUCGAUCCCACGGCUGCCAUCGAGUACAAUCCCUUGGUCGGUGCGGAGCCGCUGAUUGAGGUGCUGCCGGAUGCCUCGAUUCCGGUUGCGAAAGCGCCACAACGUCGAACAGUGGCUGUUCAAGCACGUAUGCUUAGAGGUGCGCAAGAGGAGCGACCACGCUUGAUUGGGAGUCUACAUCCUCAGGGAGGACAAAAGAUGUCUCUACAAUGCGAAGAGCAGCCCCCAGCUGAGGGUAGAUCUCUAACAAAGACACACUCUGAAUGCCCGCAUGAUGUGCAGCCACCAGCACCACCGCCAGCAACACCGGAAUUACAGGUAACCCCACCGAUACCACCACCACCGCCGCCACCACUCCCCAGGAGCAUUCCACAGCGUGGGAAAAUGGCCACACCCAAUAGCUCCAGCGAUGGCGCCCGCAGCGAAAGUGUGUGCUCCUUUGUGCAGCAGCGACAGCGGCAGUUUAUGGAGCACUAUCAGAACCAACAGCAGCAGCAGCUCCAACAACUGCAGCAGCACCAGCAGCUGCAACAGCAACAGGAGAUGCAGCAGCAACAGAGGAUCUAUCAGAAGCGGCAGCAACAGGAGCAGCAUCUUCGGCCACAGAUGCAUCUUCUACAUUGUCCCCAGCACCAGGAGCAUCAUCAUCCACAGCAUCAGGAGCAUCGACAUUACCAUCCAGCGGUCCAUAGACAUGGGCCGUGUGUGCAGCAGCAUACGGCACCGCAGCAUUACAUUCAAAUGCAAUAUUCGCUGGCAGCAGCAGAAGCAGGCGCAGGAGGAGACGCUGGUGUCUACUACACGGCAGUGCCCCAAGGGUACAGCCUCUUGAACAACAAUACCAUUGCCGAAUAUGUGCAGGUGGCAGCAGCAGCAACAGUAGGAGGAGGAGGUGGUACCACUACCACAGCGACAACCACCAGCAGUUCGAUCUCUUCAAUUCUGUGCCUCAGCUCGGAGAUGUCCAUACCGAUGGGUGGAGGAGUCGUAAACACCUCCAAGACGACCACGACAACCACCACGCAUCAUUAUGACGAUGCUAUGGCAGAUAGCACCGGCCAGAGGCACCGCAGGGACCAGAACCAGAACCAAAACCAGAAGCAAAGGCUGAUGCAGACACAGCGCAGGGGGACGCAUGGCAUUGCGUAUAUGAUUCAGUUCGGGGAUAGCGAAAUGCUGCAAACAAUGUCGCUGCAGGAUCACCUACAGCUCGCCCGCCCCAAGUUCUGUGCCAAGUCGAAGCAGCGCAAGGCCAUACUCAAUGAAAUGCAGAUGCUACGCAGCGAGAGGCGGCGCGAACUGGAGGAGCUGCUCGGGGAGGAUGUCAGCUUGGAGACACUGGACAGGCGGCUUCAACGACUGCCACCGCCAGUCACAUCUUGUGUCAGAGUUUUCACCACGAAGGAGAUGAAGGCCAUGACCAGCAAACGAUGCCAGCGACUGCCCGAAGUGGUGGCCGCACAGAAUCGUGAGCGCGAGGAGCGACGGCGUCGCGGCAAUCGCCUCAUGCGGGAUGUCUUCAAUCGGCGCAUGCAAAGCCGCGUGUCCAAGGGAAAGAUUUCCCUCAACCACAGCCUGACAAUCAUUUAGGAGUCGCUCCCCAAAAUAGAGACAACACAUUGCCAGUUGAAGGCUUGAUUUAAGUUUUUAAAUUCUCAUUUUUAAAUGUUUUUUCAA